AAGACUUACAUAUCAUGAAAUCAGAAGCUCCCCAAGCUCUAUUAUACUCUUCUGCCUACCACAUUUUCUCCUACCCCAAAAGCUGAGCUUCUAGCUAGCUAGCCUCCUUCCUUCUGCAUGGAAGAGCCUAGAGCUUUAGAUUUUAAUGCUCAAACAUCCUCUACAUCUUCCUCUUCAAACACCUCCUCCAUUACAACCACCUCCUAUUCUUCUCCAACAAAUAUUGCAACAGAACUCACUGCGCGAAAAAGCUGUAAGAGAAUUCAAGGAGCAAAAGAUGUUCAUGGAAGUGAUCAGGAAAAGAUAGAGAGUGGGGAUGAUGGGAAACACCCAACUUACAGAGGAGUAAGAAAACGUCAAUGGGGGAAAUGGGUAUCAGAAAUCAGGGAACCAAGGAAGAAGUCAAGAAUUUGGCUAGGGACAUUUCCUACAGCAGAAAUGGCCGCACGAGCUCACGAUGUAGCGGCUCUUACAAUCAAAGGAAAUUUGGCUUAUCUGAAUUUCCCUGAGCUGGCUCCUGAACUUCCCCGACCAGCUAGUUCAUCUCCUAAGGAUAUUCAAGCUGCUGCAGUCAAAGCAGCAGCCAUGAACUUCCCCAAAAGCCAUGAAGCUGAAGCCGAGCUGAGCCACUCCUAUUCCCCAAGUUCAACCAUGGCGUUCCAGGACACCCAAGACUCGUCAACUUCGCCGUUAAAUGUUAACGAAGACCCCUUUUUCGAUCUUCCCGAUCUCAUGCUCGAUGUGACUAAUCGAAUAGACGGGUUCUCAUGUUACUCGUCAACGACGUCAUGGCAGCUCGUCGGAACUGAGUCAGUAGAUACUUGUCUCCGGAUUGAGGAGCCCUUUUUAUGGGGAUACUACUAGGUGAGAGCACACAAUUACUUGCUUCCCGUGCAUGCUUUGCUUCAAAUCGUGUCCAAGGUUUGAUGAUUUUGGUCAAUAAUCAUGUUGUGAUUCUGCAAAUUUUGGAUAGUGAUAGAGCGAGAUGGAAGUUUCAAGUUUCAAUCUACGUACAGUUCUUGUUAUAAUAUUAUAUUGUCAAUAUAAUAUGCUUGGAAAA